CUCCGCUUGAGCUCCCCCGGCCGGGUUGCCCCUUGGCCUCUGCACACGCGCUCCCGCACCGGGCUGCUUAACUCUCCUCGCCCCGCCGGAAUCCCCGUCGCCUCAGUCGACCUCAGUCGACCCCAUGUCAGCGCUGCCCCCAGCCCCGCUCCGCUCUCCGGGACCCCCGCUCCGGCCGCCGCGGGCUAAGAAGGAUGAGUCGUUCCUCGGCAAGCUCGGGGGUACUCUGGGCCGGAAGAAGAGAGCCAAGGAGGUGAGUGACCUCCAGGAAGAGGGCAAAAAUGCCAUCAACUCCCCGCUGACGCCGGCCACCAUGGACAUCCACCCCGAGGACACCCUCCUUGAGGAGAAUGAGGAGCGGACGAUGAUCGAUCCCACCUCCAGGGAGGACCCCAAGUUCAAAGAACUGAACAAGGUUUUAAUUGACUGGAUUAACGAUGUGCUGGUGGAGGAGAGGAUCAUCGUAAAGAAGCUGGAGGAGGACCUGUAUGAUGGGCAGGUGCUGCAGAAGCUUUUGGAAAAGUUAGCUGACCGCAAAUUGAAUGUAGCUGAGGUGACGCAGUCAGAAAUAGGCCAGAAACAAAAACUGCAGACCAUCCUGGAGGCGGUUUAUGACGUCCUUCGGCCCCAUGGCUGGACCAUCAAGUGGAAUGUGGACGCCAUCCACGGGAAGAACCUCGUGGCCAUCCUUCACCUCCUGGUUGCUCUGGCCAUGCACUUCCGAGCCCCCAUCCGGCUCCCUGAGCAUGUCUCUGUGCAGGUGGUAGUUGUCAGGAAGCGGGAAGGCCUGCUGCACUCAACCCAUGUGGCAGAGGAGCUGACCACCACCACAGAGAUGAUGAUGGGAAGAUUUGAACGAGACGCCUUCGACACGCUCUUUGACCACGCCCCCGACAAGCUCAGCGUGGUGAAGAAGUCGCUGAUCACGUUUGUGAACAAACACCUGAAUAAGCUGAAUCUGGAGGUGACGGAGCUGGAGACCCAGUUUGCAGAUGGCGUGUACCUGGUUUUGCUCAUGGGCCUGCUGGAAGGGUACUUUGUUCCUCUCCAUAACUUCUACCUGACUCCGGAGAAUUUCGACCAGAAGGUCCACAAUGUUUCCUUCGCUUUCGAACUCAUGCAAGAUGGAGGACUCAAGAAACCGAAGGCUCGCCCAGAAGAUGUCGUCAACUUGGAUCUCAAGUCUACGCUGAGGGUUUUGUACAACCUGUUCACCAAGUACAAAAACAUGGAGUGAUCCCAGAAGCUGCUGAAAUAUUCAUGCCCUCGCGUCGUCCCGGGGAAGCCGUGCCUCGGUUUCUCUUUUGUGCCUUCGCCUAGUUUGCCUGCCUUCGUGGUCCUUCGGGAUUGGCUACCUCCUGUUUGGGGUUGUUUGAUAGACUGUCUCCUCGGUGCUAGGGAGCAAAGCCUGCUGGAAAUGAUGGGUCUGGGGGCCUCCCCAGCCUCGGAUACUCUCCCCCUCCUGCUUUGCUCUUGGGAGAGCAAAAAGAUCAAACCCUGCCCCGAGGCCCCUGGACUCUCCUGGGACCGAGCUGCCAGCGUCCCCCAGUGUUCCUAAGGGCCCUCCCUGGGCUGUUCCUGGCCUUCCCGCCAUUUAGCUCUGUCCCAUGUCCCGGGGCCGGCCGGCCCUUUAAAAACCGGCCAAAAUGGGCUUCGCGUUUUCUGCCCUCCUUUCAAAGAGAAUCUGAAACUAUUUAUACGAAA